AUGGCGUCCAUCACGAGAACCGCACUUUUGCUCCUCGCCACGGUGAGCGCGCAGGCUGCCUCGGCGCCCGAUGGUGGCGCCCGCUCCCCGUCGUGCAAGGCGUACCCGGGCACGCACGGCUGGCCCUCGGCCGAUGCCUGGCGCGGCCUCAACACGACGGUGCGCGGCCGGCUGCUGCGACCGACGACACUGCCCGGCGGCGUUUGCCACGCGGGCCAGCCCAACUACGAUGUGGCGCGGUGCGCGACCGUCGCGAAGCAGUGGGAGACGUCCGAGUUUCAUCUCGCCGACCCCGUCUCCGUCAUGUCUAACCAGUUUACCAACUACACGUGCCUGCCGGACCCCGACACGCCGUGCAGCGCCGCGGGCUACCCGGCGUACGUCAUCGACGUCACCUCGUCUGCGGAUGUCAAGGCCGGUGUGGACUUUGCUCGUCAGAAAAAUGUGCGUCUCAAUGUCAAGUCGAGCGGCCACGACUUCCUCGGACGCUCCAACGCGCCGGGCACUCUCUCCCUCAGGAUGCGCCACCUGAGCAGCAUCGAGUACCACCCCGGCCAGUUCAGGCUGGCUUCUGGCCGCACGUUGCAGGGCAACGCUGUUACAUUUGGCAGCGCGGCCAUCAUGUGGGACAUUUACGAGGCCCUCGACCAGUACGGCCAGACCGUGGUGGGCGGAGGCUCCAAGACGGUCAGUGCCGGCGGCUACAUUACUGGAGGCGGCCACUCCAUCUUGUCGCCGCGAUAUGGGCUUGCGGCCGAUCAGGUGAUUGAAAUGGAAGUGGUCACUGCCGACGGCCGGAUCCAAAAGGUCAACCAGGACCAGAACACCGACCUCUUCUGGGCUCUCCGGGGAGGCGGUGGCUCUACUUUUGGCGUCGUGACGAGCUUCACCGUCAAAACCGUUCCCAGCCCCAAGAUGACCGUCGCCCAGUUUAUCGCCUUUACGGUCCCCGACGCUCCAUUCCUGAGCGACCUCCUCGGCGUCGUCGGUGCCCACAGCCCUGCGCUGAUGAACGGCGGCAUGUCCGGCUACAACAUUGUCAACCGCAACUUUUCCAACCCCAUGCCAGGCUCUGGCCUCCCUGACUACCUGGCCGGCUUCCAGGGCCGACUCGCCGUCCUCGACGACCCCCAAGCCGACGCCACCAUUGCCGCACUCUUCAAGCCCAUCAGCGACACCAUCAACCAGCGCUGGCCCGGCCAGGCCGGCUUCUUCAGCAGCAACAUCAAGUACGCCUCGUUCCUCGAAUUCUUCGCCGCCAACGCCGACACCGAAACGGUCGGUGACAACAAGUACCUCGUCUCGCGCCUGCUGAACCAGGAAGCCUUCGAGGAUCCCAAGGCCUUGGGGGAGGCUCUCCUGUCGGGGACGGGCCCGUACGGGUUCUCUCCCUUUUUCCUGGUCGGCGGCAGAGGCGUUCACGAGGCCAGGCCGGCGGGCGGCAGCAACGCGGUCAAUUCGCACUGGCGCAGUGCCUAUGUCCAUACUAUUACCGCCACCCAGGGUGUUCCCUUUGACAAGACAGCGACGGACAAGAAGCUCAAAGAGCUGGAUGAGGCCUGGGCACCUAUCCGCCAACUUACACCCUCCUCGGGGGCCUACCUAAACGAGGCGUCCAUCUUCGAACCCGACUUCCACGAGAGCUUCUGGGGCACCAACUACCCCCGUCUCGCGCAGAUCAAGAGCAAGGUCGAUCCCAAUGACGUCUUCUGGUGCACUCCCUGCGUCGGCGACGAGCACUGGCGCCAGCUUGAAAGCGGACAGCUGUGUAGGGUGUAA